AUGGUAAAGAACUUUGCGCAGGAUAUCGCGAAAAUUAAGGUCGGAAAGGACUGGCCGUACAGCUUCGUUCGACGCAAUCGUAAUGAGCUUGGUUGCAUCUGGUUUGACGGGCUAGACGCCGCGCGAAAGAGAGCCGAUAAUAUCCGCACGAAAAUCGAGAAAUACAACAUUCUGCCUUGCAACACAUAUAACGUGGACGAAAAGGGGUUUCUCUUGGGCGUGAUUAAUAGGACAAAGAGAGUAUUUUCCCUAAGUGUCAAAAAGCAGGGUAAAUUACUCGGCGCAUCGCAAGAUGGCAAUCGAUCCUGGAUUACCUUCCUGGCAUGCGUCUGCCAGGAUAUGACAUCGCUGCCGCCAUUUCUCAUCUACCAAGGCAAGCCAGGGCAAGUCCAAGAUUCUUGGCUUGCAGAGUUUGACCCAGAGCAUCAAUCGGCUUUCUUUACAACCUCGGAGACGGGGUGGACAAAUCACGAACUUGGGAAAGAGUGGCUAAUAGGCGUUUUCGACCGCUUUACCAAGGCGAAAGCCCGCAACGGUCGUGAUUAUCGUCUCCUUAUUACUGAUGGCCACUCCAGCCAUGUUAAUAUGGACUUUCUAGAGUGGUGUGACCAACACAGGAUUAUUAUUGCGGUGUUCCCUCCCCAUUCCACACAUCGGUUGCAGCCCUUAGAUGUGUCGCUGUUUAGCCCUCUGUCAACCGCAUACUCAAAUCAGCUUAUCCAGUGGACGGCAAAAACACAAGGCCUUAUUAAUCUAUCAAAGCGCGAGUUCUGGACUUUGUUUUGGAGCGCAUUUGAAACUUCCUUCUCUGCCGAGAACAUUGCGAGUGGGUGGAAACGCACUGGUCUCUUGCCAUUUGACCCAGAAGUCAUUUUAUCCCAGAUCACCGACAAAGAAGAAGACAAUUCAGAUACAGGUGGAGACUCUGCAGAGUCAUUGGCCCUCCAACAACCUACUGCUCGAGAUUUACGCCGACUUGUAGACAAAGUUGUCGAUACGUCCGCUGCAGAUAGGGGCCGCAAUAGCCGAAAGCUGAAGAGCACUCUCGAAAGCCUUCAAUCCGAGGUUGACCUGCUUCGAUAUGAGAACCAAGGACUCCGUGAGACAAUUAUUCAGGAGAAGAAGCGCAGGCAGCGCGGUAAAGCCUUAAAAGAUCUACUUUUUGAUCGAACAGAUCCUAACGCAGCCCAGGUGUUUAGCCCAGCGAAAGUCGCACAAGCUCGCGUAAAGAAGGCAGAAAUAGACGCGCAACGGAAAGAGGAGGCACUAAAGAAGGAAGCCCAAAAGGUUCAGCGGCAGAAGAAGGCAGCAGAGCAGAAAGCUCUAGCCCUAGAGAGAAGGAGGCAACGUGAGGCAGAAACAGAGAGGAAGCGGCAGGCAAAAGAAGCCAGACAACAAGAGAGGGAGGAAAAUCGGCAGAUCCGACGAGAUCUCAAGCGGCUUUGGACGGUCGCGAAAAAAGUGCGGAUGUUGAGGAUGAAAUAA